UUCUUGCACUGGAAAGCAAGCAAAAAAAAUGGUGAAAAAGGUGCAAAAAACUGCAAGAAAUUAGAAGAAAUAUGCCCCACACGGAAUAGGCUCGUAGUUUCGUGCACCUUGCAUUUCUCCCAGGUCAAAAUAUUCACCUGCAAGAAACCACUUUUUUGCAAGUGGUUACUUCCACCUGAAACACUGCACAAAAGUAACAAAAAAGUGCUACACAUAUACGUGACCAAGCAUGCCCCAAAUUAAUCCAUCCAUGUGUCCUCUUCAUUUUUUGUCAACUUUUACUUGAUCGAAUCAUCAUGCCAUUCCGCGAAGAGGGAAAGUAUUGAUACAUAAAAUAAUGGAAAAAAACGACGAAUGAGGAUGGAUAGACAGACCGAGAGACGAGUGUCGUGUCAAAAAUUUCGACCGCUGUAUACGUACGUUAUGCAAUCCAAUACAUAUCCUCUCGAUGGAUAUACAUAGAAAAAGAACAAGAAGAAGUGGGGAAAAUCGCACAGCUAUUUUUAGAAGGCUGAAAUUUCAACGCUAAACUAAACCAAGUAGGAAAAAAAUCCAGUGCAGUCACACGAAGCACCUUUUUUCCUACAUGUCUCCGAACCUACAUAAAUACCCAUACGAAACUGUCUCGAACAUGUCUUGUUUUAAGACUGUUUUAUCAAUGGCAUUAAAAACCGUAGUCAUUCUUUCUUCAUCCUGGUUCUCCCAUCCCCUCAUUCGCUUCUCCAUUAUUAUUAUUACCCGGCCUGGGCAACACUACUCGUUAAGUUAAGUGAGCCAUAUACCUCGCCUUUGUCCCAGCACCAGUAAAAGACCACGACGAUAAUAAAGUUGCGAAAAAGAAAGAAUGUCUUGAAAAAUCCGAACGAAAUCGGCGGAAAUUUUGCAAAUGUAGGGAGUGGAGGUGGUGGUGGUGGUAAGAUAAGCUGCGGUGUGUGUGGAGGGGUGGUGGAUUGGAUAAGCUUACUAGUGGGGGGCAAGAUUUGAGUCGGUGGGGACAGGAUUUUAGUCAGGGUGGCAAGAUUUCUGUGGGGACAUAAUUUUUUUCAUCUCGAGAGGUGACGGAUUUACCGAGUAAUUUGCCAACCACGCCGUUUCUGCGAUGGAGGUGUGGGGACAGUUAGCUCAGGUGCAGGAGGCGCAAGCACUGUUUGGACAGGACGAGGGCACCAAGCGGUUUCGCACGACAAUUGAUAAACUGCCGGAUAAAGUUCUUUUAACGAUUUUCACCUAUUUGCCCCACCGGGAGGUGUGCCGGUUGGCGAGAACGUGUAAAAAAUGGCGAAACAUUGCGUACGACACGCGGCUCUGGAGUCAUGUGUCACUCCGACCGGAAAUCUCGGGAUUGCACGUGACCUCGAUGGACUUUCUACUGCAUCUCAUCAGUCAACGGUUCAGCCAAUCUCUGCGCUACCUGGAGCUGCCCAUGGAGCUCAUUACACACACCGUGCUGCACGAAUUGGCCAGCAAGUGCCCCAACUUGACCCACGUCUUGCUCGACUUCUCCACCGCGAUGCAGCUCCACGACUUUAAUGAUAUGCAGGCGUUUCCCACCAAACUCCGCUACAUGUGCAUCUGCCUGUCCGAGGUCAUCUUCAUGGAGGGGUUUAUGCGGAAAAUUUACAAUUUUAUUAACGGCGUGGAAAUUUUACAUUUAAUCGGCACCUACGAAAAAGUGGAGGAGGAAGAAGAGGAAAUUUACGAAGUUAUCAAUAUUCACAAGUUGAAAGCCGCCACGCCCAAUUUACGCGUCGUCAACUUGUACGGCAUCAAUUUUGUGGAUGACUCACACAUCGAAGCUUUCAGCUCUAAUUGCAUUCAGUUGGAAUGUUUAGCUGUCAACUACUGCGCCAAAGUGACGGGUUCCUCUUUGACCACGUUAUUCCAACGGUGUCGAAAAUUAAAGACAUUGCUCAUGAAUCAGACAAGUUUGCAAAGUGAACAUGUGAUGGCUGUGGAUUGGGAGAAAUCGCAGCUUCAAGAAUUGGAUAUUACCGCAACGGACUUAUCGACGGAGUGUUUAACGGAUUUGUUGACACGAAUUCCAGCCUUGCGAUGGUUAUCGGCCGGGCAACAGGACGGCUUCAAUGAUUCGGUUUUACGAGCUUUCAGUGAACGAGGAAAUGCCAAACAUCUCGUUUCGUUGGAUCUGGACGCGCUGGACAACUUGUCAGAAGAAGCACUACUCAAAUUCAUUAACAAGUUUGGAACCCAGUUUCGUGGCAUUUGCUUAUCCGGAAUGCCACACAUUACGGAUCAGUUGUGGGUCUCGGUCCUUCCCUUGCUAAAAAAUGCCAAAAUUUUAGUGAUGGGAACGAUGGACCGAUUAUCCACCAAAAUCCACGUGGAUCAACUCAUGGAUACGAUUGCUCAUAACUGUGCUAUUUUGGAACGAUUAGAAUUACGCUGGGAUCCGGAAGCCUUACGAUUUUCGGACAAGGGACAAAAAGCGAUUGAUAUUAUUAGAGUCCGCUGCUUAAAGUUGAGCUGUCUCGUUCUCACGGAUGGACGUUACUAUGAAAUCGUGAAAGCCAACUUUGACCGUGCCGACAGAAACACGGUGGUCCGAACGACGACCAAUUGCCGCGUGUCGACCAGCUACCUACUAAAUUUUUAUAAAGAAUUACUUUUCAAUUGAUACAUAAUUUUGCUCCAGAAACAUAAACAUGAAGAAAAUCCUUUUCAAAUCGUUCUCAUUUUAAGACAUGUUAAAUUAAAAUAUGCUAUAAAUCUCUGCCAUGUAAUAAUUAAAUUAAUACCACGUGCGUACAUAAAUAAUAAUAAUAAGUAAUGAUUUCCAAUUUAUGUCCACGUUGAUAACCAAUUAAGAGCAGUGGCCGCGGAAGGAAGAGUGUGGACAGAGGGACAAUGUCCCCACGGUUAUUCGGUGUCCGCAUCAUCUGACGUCUUAUAUAGACCUCUCCCUCCCCUACUUCCUACAAUGUGAAUGUCCCCCAGAUGUCCCCACGACUUCCGCGGCCACUGAUUAAGAGAGAGAGGACCCAGAAAGUUCAAGAAUACACAGAUUGUGUUCUCUUUAUAUAUAAUUUUGUCUUAUAAAUGUGUACUUACUACGAUUCAGGGGGUGCAGAACGGUGGGGACAAUGCGUAUGUAUGAACAAUAAUAUUGUCCCCAAAUGAGAACAAUAAUGUCCCCCAAAUUCCUUACUGUCCCCACACUGUUUCUCAUCGUUCUGCCACCUCUGUAAAUAAAAUACUACAUAAUUGGUGACCAGGAAGUAAAAAAGGCGAAAAAAUGGCACCACCACAUACGUAUUUACCCCCACUCCCCCCUCCCCCCACAUAAAUAAUCCCCCCCCUCUUUAUAUAUACACAGUACAUUUAAGACAGAAGGAAACAAACCUUAAUAUUUAUUUCCCCGUAGUAAGAAACACCUCCACAAUUUUCAUAAUUAAUACCUUUCUUCUCCAAUAAUUAAUUAUUACUGAUUAUUUAUAAUUAUAUAUUGAAAUUGCCGAAAAUGUUGUGAAAUUCCUAUCGAAUGUGAGUGAUCCACCCACCACCAAAUAAUAUUUUGUCUCCUCCAUGUCUUUCUGCACCAACGAAACCAAAUAAAAAUGGACAUGAAUGAAAA